CACAUGGGCACUGUUUUCUCCAACUCCUAUCUCUCGCCUCCUCAGCUCUCGUUGGAUUAGACUAUCAACUCGAGCUAUCAGCUUGUAUUCCUCCGAAAUGCCACGCCAGGCUAAUCCAGAUGCAGCUUCACCCCGCACAGAUCCCUGCCAAACCCUGCCUGUGGCUUCCUCUUGACGUCGCAUCGGCGGCCGAUGAUAAGCUGCAUCCAACCACCCAAUGUAACCCUUGAAGUCUUGUCGCUCUCGAGUCUUGACUUUACCCACACUGGGUGGGGGUAGGAUACCAAUGACGCUGGAGACGAUGCAACUGUUAUCUAUCCCUUGCUUUGAUCGUCUUCUUCCUCGUAAAAUCCCUGUUGCUUUUCCUCGUCUUUUCUUCUCAUUUAUCGACAGGAGAGUAUCGUUGGCUGCUACACUCGAGUGACACAGUCGGUCGGACAGCUCGCCAAUUAUGGAUACUAAGGCAUCUCCGUCGUUGACCCCCGUGGAAUCGCCUGCUCGAAAGGACUCUCUCCCCGAUGAAGAUCCCAACAAGACCGACCGCUACGCUCCUGGGGUCGUGGAGAAUGUUGCUCAUGUUGUCGACCAUAAGGCUGAACGGGCGCUCUGUCGUCGAUUUGAUCUGCGGUUGAUGCCCGUCUUGGCUGUAAUGUACCUCUUCAAUGCGCUCGAUAAGGGAAAUCUUGGUAAUGCAGAAACUGAUGGGAUGAGCAAGGGUAAGCGACCAUAUCAGGUCUUCGAAAUCGGCUGCUAACAAGUUAGACCUCAAUUUCGCACCUGGCCAAUACAACCUGCUACUGUCCAUCUUUUUCGUUCCAUAUGUCGUCUUUGCGCCGCCGAUCGCCAUGCUGGGUAAGCGCUUUAGCCCGGCUAGAGUGCUGCCCAUCUUGAUGUUCUGCUUUGGUUCUUUUACUCUGCUUGCUGCCUCUACCAAGAACUUUAGUGGCAUCUUCGCCCUUCGCUGGUUCCUCGGCAUGUCGGAGGCUGCCUUCUUCCCUCUGGUGAUUUACUACCUGACUACGUUCUACCGUCGUGCUGAAUUAGCUCGCCGCCUGGCUUUGUUCUACGCGGCCUCCAACAUCGCGAAUGCUUUCUCCGGUCUGAUCGCAUUUGGAGUGUUCCAAAUUGAGAACACACCCAUGCCUCAAUGGCGCUAUCUGUUUAUUAUUGAAGGUGCUGUCACUGUCAGUUUUUCCUUCUUCGCCUUCUGGUAUCUCCCACGGAGUGCCUCCGAAGCCAAGUUCUUGUCUCCCGACGAGAAGGCCCUGGCUUUCCACCGAAUCCAGGUCGACUCUAGCGCCGUCGUGAACGAGAAGUUUAGCCUUCGUGAUGCACUUGGUAUAUUUCGUCAUCCGAGUACUUACGGCUUCCUCGCCAUUGAAAUCUGCCUCGGUGUGCCUCUCCAGGGCGUUUCGCUCUUCAUGCCUCAGAUCGUCCAGCGUCUCGGCUACUCCACGGUCAAGACCAAUCUAUACACUGUUGCACCGAAUGUUACCGGCGCAGUGAUGCUCCUGAUCCUUGCCUUUAGCUCUGACGCCGCCAAGCUCCGAUCCCCAUUCAUCGUCCUCGGCUUCCUCUUCACCUUUACCGGCUUCAUGAUCUACGCAUCCAUUGACGACGUUCAGUCGAAGAUCAAGGUUGCCUACUUCGCCACCUUCAUGAUGACGUGGGGUACAUCUGCUCCAUCCGUCCUGCUGAGUACAUGGUACAACAACAACAUCGCUCACGAAGGUCGCCGCGUCCUGCUCACUAGUAUUGGCGUACCUCUUGCAAACCUCAUGGGUCUGGUUGCAAGCAAUGUAUUCCGUGAGCAGGACAAGCCCAAGUACAUGCCCGCUUUGAUUACGGUAGGCGCAUUUGGCGCUACCGGUGCUGUCCUUGCAGGCUUACUCGGAGCCUACAUGUUCUUCGACAACAAGAGACGUGAUCGCCGCGACGGGGCUACUAUUCGCGCGGUGGACGUGCCCACUGAACGUCUGCGAGAUGGCCCCGCGUCGCCCGAGUUUCGCUGGUUCUUGUAGAACGCCGUGGCAAUAUGCCGAAGCGAAUCCGGGGUGUUAUACGGGACUUCUUGAUACGCCUAUUCCAGAACGACGUGUUAUGAAUAAACAGAUAUGACUACGAAGGGGCAGGCUUAUGAUCAUUCAUUCUUUAGGGUAGCCUCAAUGAAUCACGGUUUUUGAACCAAUCAGACGGAACGCUCUAACUAAAUUAGACCAAACCAAGAGGUAGAUUGUCGAAUAGAACGAAAGACAUAUACAAGAAGCCAGGAAUAGAUUAAUGGUAGCUAGCGAGCCUGAACUUGAGCUUCCAUCCAGGGUCAAAGUUAAACUCGUCGCCACCCCGCCAGCACAACCUUCUCAGAAACCAACAUUUCGAGAGCUUCGUAGCUCGUCAAUCUAUGACUAUGGUGAGAGAGUGUGUACU